GCCCGAGCAGAUUUUUCAAUUGGUCUACGGAUCAAGGAUACCGUCAUGGUGCUUAUUGACUACCUGGCCAUAGUCUGUGAGUUUCAAGACUAUCUCAGACGCUAGACUUAUAAGCCCAGGAAGAACUGCGCCUUCCUGUUUUUCUGCUCUCUUCAGCACCACUCUCGAGAGUUCAAACUUUAUCUCGACAUAUCAAAACAGUCUUGGACCCUUCUUCAAGCCUUCAAUGUCCCUGACUUGGCAAUACCGCCCUGUCGAUCUUGGAACAUCAAUUAUGGCUGAUACUAAACCAACGUUGGCUUGUACCACUGCCCAAGUCCAAUCUUCGAGUGUCCGUUUCAUCCAGUCUUCUUCUUCCAGCCUGGAAGCACUCGGCUCCCUCCCAGCAGACCAACUCGUUAUAUUAUUCACACCCGCAAUCCCAAGAGAGGGCAGCCGUGAGGACCCCUUCGAGGUCCUCGGUCGAGCUCUGAGCAAACGACAUGCUAGGGUCCGACACGUCCCAUUCGUCGCAAAAGUCGGUCUGACAGAUCUCCAUGCCGCGUGGGUUCGGAAAGCAGGAGCCAUCAUUGUUGUCAAUUGCGACCCAGCCCUUUUGAUCGACACCAAAGCCACUGGCAACAUGUCGUCUCAGACCAAGUUUGCGGCCCAAGUCUCGGAUACCCUGCAAGCCCUCCGUGGAUCGUCAAAGAUACCGCUCUCCUGUGUCCACAUCAGCCCUUCUUCUGCAGCACCAGCGAGCAUCACUGGUUACGACAACUUGGUCGUGUGCUCUUCUUAUUCGGUAGCGAAUAUGGAGAAAGCUGCAUCCAUGUUGAUGUGCUAACAUAUGCUUGAACCCGGGGGUAUGGCAGAGGCCUGGGCCUUGGAAUUAAUGUAGAUCAUGAACACGCUCCGAACGUGACGGGAUUGGUUGUGCAAAGAACGGGGCGUUCCUGCCCUGGUCAAGGAUGUAACAUCUCAUGAUUGCGGGAAAUGGUGGUUGUUCACUGUCUCGGAAAAUGCUGUCCGUCCAUCAAUAAACAUCCUUUGAUCAUAGUCUCGGCCUUGA